CAAUAGGUACCCACGUCCGGGCCGCUGCGACGGUGCGACGACGGUGCGACGACGAUGCAACGACGGUGAGCAUGACGUGGCAUUGUCCCCCACGCAUGAGCUGCCGAGUGGCUGACGGCCGUCCACUCCGAGGUAGUGUGCCGGACUUAACGGACCGAGCUAUUCCCCCUCACGACUCGCCCGGAUGGCUACCGGGUUAAGAGAGCCGCAUACGUGAUGGAUGGAGCGCGCCGCAACCGCCUCCUACCUCGUCGUGCGGAAGCCAAUCUAGAUGGGUUGCGCCAGACCGAUUCGGACCAUCCGGACCUGGAAGGGUCCCUCAUCCUGAUGACCGCUAUGAGAAGGGGGAUCCGAAGGCGCCGCUUCCAAAUGGCCCUCCAAUGCCAGUCUCGGCCCCGCACUCGGCAGCAUCGGCGAUAGCAGUCUGUGUGCCUCUCCGCGUCUGCAUCGAGGUGCAAUCACGGGCCGGGUGGUGGCAUGGAGCCGAACAUACUGCCUGGUCAGCAAAAACGGACAUGUCUGUCUAUUCGAGACACGCGAAGUACUGCGUCUCUCGCCCUCCUUUCCGACUCAGGAAUCACCAUCUGCCGAGCGCCCCCCUUGCCCCGGGAGACUACACCCGAGAGACUACACGCCGGCACCACCACCAGCACCAGCAACAUCACCGCUGCCACCGGAAUCAACACCAUCGGCACCAAUAGAACCACCAGCAUUACCAAAACCUCCUGUUUCUCCUUAUUCAGGUCGUUCUCUGCUUCCCGCAAUCAGGCGGGCCGCGAUCAGAGCGUGUCUCUCGACUACAACGAAACCGCGAUGGCGCCGUCCCCCUCGCUGUCGACCACCUGGGCGCACUUUCACCCGCCCAAGCCCACGUUCACGGACCAAGAUGUCCCCGACCUCACGGGCCGCGUCUGCGUCGUCACGGGCUCCAACACGGGCAUUGGCAAGGAGGUCGCCCGAAUUCUCUACUCCAAGAACGCCCGGGUCUAUGUUGCCGCGCGGAGCCAAGACAAGGCGCGGAGUGCCAUCCGUGAAAUCAAAGAAUCGACGCCCUCGUCCGCCGGGUUGCUGGAGUUCCUGUCCCUCGACCUGAGCGACCUGAGCCACGUCCGGGAGGCGGCUCGCAGCUUCCUGGCGCGGGAACAGAGGCUCGACGUGCUCUUCAACAACGCGGGCGUCAUGGUGGGCUCGGCGUCCGAGCCGGUGCCGCGGACGGCGCAGGGCUACGAACUGUGCCUCGGCGUCAACUGCGUCGGGACCAUGCUCUUCACCGAGCUGCUGACGCCCGUGCUCGCGGCGACCGUCAACAAGCCCGGGGGGGCAGGGCCGGGCUCGGUGCGCGUCGUGUGGCUCUCGUCGUUCGCGCUGGAGCUUUUCGCGCAGGCCAACGUCGGCGUCCCUCUGGACAACCUCGACUACCACCUGCCCAAGCCCGGGACGGAGCGGUACGGCAUCAGCAAGGUCGGCGCCUGGGCGCUGGGCGUCGAGUACGCGAAGCGUCACCGGGACGACGGCAUCGUCAGCGUGCCCAUCAAUCCGGGCAACCUCACCUCGGAGCUGCCCCGGCACCAGGGAGUCGUGCUCAAGACGGUCGCCCGCCUGGUCGGUUACCCGCCCUUGUUCGGCGCCUACACUGAGCUGUGGGCCGCCUUCUCUCCAGAGGUGACGCCUGACAAGUCUGGCAGCUGGGUUGCUCCAUUUGGGCGGUUCUACCCCUUGCGCGAGGAUCUGCACAAGGCCACGCGGCCCGAAGCCGAAGGUGGGACCGGAGGAACUGCCAAGUUCUGGGAGUGGAUCCAGGGGCAGAUCCAGCCCUAUCUCUGAGGAUCGAGGGUGUUGUUGGCCUCCUAAUGUAGUGGCCUCUCGAGACACGGGGAGGGACGUGGAAUGAUGGCAGUCUAAACUGCACUAAUCCAAUUCACGGGCAGUG